GCUCCGUCAGUACCCAAAAAAGAGGGGGAAUGUGUCUGGUUAAAAACUACAUUCGGGAGGGCAGUCAGGUUUGAAGCAGUUGAAUGAUUUGUGAAAAGGGUUCACGAAAAGAUGUAGACAGGUGGAACAGGGACAGAACAAACACUCAGGUCCCCUCAGAGCAGAGAGCGUUGUCCCAGUUAGCAACUCGGAAGGUAAGAUCUUUAAGAGGAUGAUCAAAAUUGUGACUUCAACAAAGUGGAAGAGGUUGGCCAAUUUGUUUUAGGUAAAUAAAAAUCUGAAACUGUAAUUCAUGAGAAAAUUCUUCUCAAAAUUAUGCAUUUUCUAAUUCUUUAGCUCCAGUUGCCUCCAAACACCCAUGUUCUGGCUCAUGAGGAAACCUCUUCCAAACUAGCCCAGGUAUCCUUCCUGCUACCCUAUCCCAUCCGUUUCUUCUUCUGUACUUUUAUACAAAACUCCUUGUACAUGCAAUUGCUUCGUGAUUAUGUUUUCUGCCUUUUCCCUCCUGGGGCACAGGAGGACCCAUGCACCUGACACAUCCCGUGGAGCAGGUCCUUGUUGCCCCUUCUGGUCCUGAGCAGGCGUGGGGCACAGGCAUGUUCUGACUCACUGACGGGCCUGAGUCUCCAUCGUAUUGACCCAACAAUUCAUCCAUGAAGACCAAGAACCACACAGUGGUGAGUGAAUUCAUUCUCCAGGGGUUUUCCAGCUUCCGAGAACACAAGGUCAUCCUCUUUGUGAUAUUUCUUACGUUGUACCUUUUAACUCUGGCUGGCAAUGUCAUCAUUGUGACCAUUAUCAGCUUUGCUCGUCAUCUCCACACACCCAUGUACUUCUUCCUCGGUGUGCUCUCCACCUCCGAGACCAUGUACACACUGGUCAUUGUACCGCGGAUGCUCUGCAGCCUUGCAGGUCUUAGCCAACCCAUCUCCUUGGCUGGCUGUGCCACCCAGAUGUUCUUCUUCCUCACCUUGGCCAUCAACAACUGCUUCCUGCUCACGGCCAUGGGGUACGACCGCUACGUGGCCAUCUGCAACCCCUUGAGGUACACAGUCCUCAUGAACAAGAGGGUGUGUGCCCUGCUUGUUUGGGGGGCUUUGAGCUUUGGGCUGUUUGUGGCCAUAAUUCAGAUUUCCUCUGUGUUCAGGCUGCCCUUUUGUGACAGAGAAGUGGCCCAUUAUUUCUGUGACAUCCGCCCAGUUAUGAAACUCUCCUGUGCAGACACCACUCUACAUGACAUAAUUAAUUUUAUCAUCAGCUUGCUUGUUAUUGUGAUGCCCAUGGGGCUGGUCUUCAUCUCCUACAUCCUCAUCAUCUCCACCAUCCUCAAGAUCCCCUCUGCCCAGGGCCGGAAGAAGGCCUUCGCCACCUGCGCCUCCCACCUCACGGUGGUCAUCGUCCACUAUGGCUGUGCCUCCAUUGCCUACCUCAAGCCCAAGUCCGAAGAUACCAGGGAUCAGGAUCAGCUGAUCUCAGUGACCUACACCGUCAUCACCCCCCUGCUGAACCCUGUGGUGUACACCCUGAGGAAAAAGGAGGUCAAGGAUGCUCUUCACCAUGCUAUUAGCAAAAAUCCUCUUGCCCUAGGAUCUAUGGUAGUUUGACACAUAGCGUCACAUAUGACACAUCCCAUAUCUCCCCAACAAAGGAUUGCUACUCUGGGUAUUUCAUAAUCUCGAAAAAAAUUUGUUUUUUGAUCAUGUCAUUCAUUCUCUACCCAGAAAGAGUUGCAGAAUGUGGUGGUAAGGCUGCAGUGAGGAGCCCAGAGUUUCCCUGACUUGAAGUUCAUUUUCAUCAUCAUGCUCCAUGCCUUCUACUAAUCUCAGAGGUUAACACCAGAGGAGGUGUCAGGUGUUGCUCGGAAGGUGGAGAGCUGGUAGGGAGUAACAAGCAAGAGGGUGGCUGAUUGUUAUCAGUUUUUGGUGGCAGGAACCUAGGCUGUAUGACACCUAUUUGAAGGGAGGAGUUGAGAGAGCAACCUGAGUGUCAGGUAGAUCCUGAGCUCUGAAACGUAAAGAGAGCAUGGCUGGUGCACAGGAUGUUCCAGAAACACAGUCAGAACUACCUUCCUACUUAUCAUCACUUUCUCCUUUGGGCAGUGACAAGAGUAAUAGACCCUGACAUUCCAGAAGAAAUAUUCUCUGCUUUAACAUUCUCACCUGCCUUGGAGACCCAUGAAAUUUUUUUUCCAAUUUUAUUGAAGCUCACAUUAGAACUGUUUCCUUGGUGAGUCUCAUAUAUUCACAUGUUAGCAAGUAACUUGUCACAUCUGGCAGCUGCAUUUCCCUGCAGUUAGAGAUGCUCUCUGUGGGGGUAAUGCACGCGCUGUGCUGCGUUCACGAGCGUGGGGAUAUCUGAAGACCUUUUCUGAAAUUAAAUUUAUUAACCCCACCUCCCACCUAACUCUGGCUGUCUCAGAUCUGGAUAAUUAGCAUAUGUGGAGUCUGAGCAGAGACGCGUGUCUUGUCUUCACGCUCUUCAUUUCUGCAUUGCUGAACUCAUUUUCUGUCAACAGUUGGGUCCUACUUUAAACUCUAAGUUUGAACACUUGUCUAAACGCAAUCCUCUUCCUGCUCAAGGACAGUCCAAGUGUUCCCACUGAAGGUGCAUUGAGAGUGCCUGUCGGACAAGCGACUUGGGAUCCCUAAUGGUAGAGGGGCCAAGAAGAGACACUUUCAUGUUUAUGCAGCAUUACCUGAAAGAAUAAAAGU